GGUAGCGUGAGAGCGCGAGAAAGAAAGAGAGAGAGAGAGAGAGAGAGAGAGAGAGAGAAGAGGGGUAAGUAGGUAAAGGGCAAAAGAGCGAGGAAAGAGGGGGAGAGAGAGAGAGAGAGAGAGAGAGCGAGUAGUCGUUUCGCGGCCGAGUUGAGGUGGUGGAAAGAGAGAGUGGUGAACGCAGCAGCAGCAGCAGCAGCAGUAGCAGCAGCAGCAGCAGCAGCACGUACGUGGAAGAGGUGGCCGAGAGAAAAGAAGAAGAAGAGGAGCAAGAGAAGGACGAGGAGAAGAAGAAGAAGAAGAAGAGGAGAAGGAGUAGAAGGAGGGGGAGGAGGAAGGAGCUUAUCGAAAGGAGUAAGGAGAAGGAAGGAAGGGAAGCACGAUAGCGCGAAGAGAGAGCGGAAAGGAACUUGUUCUUGACGCUGAUAGAGUCGACUGUGCAGGAAGAGGGGGUGGAGGAGGAAGAGGAAGAGGAAGAGGUGGAGGCGGGAGUGAGAGAGAGAGAAAGAGGAGGCGGUGGAAAAGAAAGGGCAGCAGCGGUGGAAGAGGAAGAAGGCGACGUUGGCUGCCGCGUGGCUUCGAAGGACGACGAAAUUAUGAAGCGUAUAAAGUGCGUGCGAUCGGCCAUCAUAGUAGCUGUUGGCCGGUGAAUGUGUGAUCCGGGGGCAGCAGAGAUCCGCCGGAAUGACGAGCGAAGAGACGCCGACCGAGCAGCCCCCGGUAGAUGACUGCCUAAAGGAGCGAAAAUGGUGGUGCUUCUUGCUGUCGAGCAUCUUCACGUUCCUCGCCGGGCUGCUUAUCGUCCUCCUCUGGCGCGCGUUCGCCUUCCUUUGCUGCCGAAAAGAGCCCGAAUUCGCCCCAAAUGACCCGAAGCAGAAGGAGCAUAAGUCGAACCGCCAUGGGAAGGAGUUCGAGGGAACUUUUAUGACUGAGGCCAAAGAUUGGGCCGGCGAGCUGAUUUCCGGACAGACCACCACUGGACGUAUUCUUGUGGUGCUAGUUUUCAUUCUCAGUAUAGCAUCGCUUAUAAUAUACUUCAUCGAUGCCUCCAGCGAGGAGGUGGAACGUUGCCAGAAAUGGAGCAACAAUUUUACUCAGCAGAUAGACUUAGCUUUCAAUAUAUUUUUUAUGGUCUACUUUUUUAUACGCUUUAUCGCCGCCAGUGACAAGCUGUGGUUCAUGCUGGAGAUGUACUCGUUCGUGGAUUACUUUACGAUACCACCGUCCUUCGUAUCGAUAUAUCUCGAUCGGACGUGGAUCGGACUGAGAUUCCUCCGAGCCCUACGAUUGAUGACGGUCCCUGACAUCCUCCAGUACCUCAACAUUCUAAAGACAUCGAGCUCCAUUCGUCUCGCCCAACUCGUAUCCAUCUUCAUCUCCGUCUGGUUGACCGCUGCUGGCAUCAUUCAUUUGCUUGAAAACUCAGGGGAUCCAUUCGAGUUCACAAACCCACAACAGCUUUCGUACUGGACCUGCGUGUAUUUUCUAAUCGUGACGAUGUCCACGGUAGGAUAUGGCGACGUUUACUGCCAGACGAUCCUCGGCCGCACAUUCCUAGUAUUUUUUCUACUCGUCGGUUUGGCCAUAUUCGCCAGUUGUAUCCCCGAGAUAAUUGACCUGAUCGGGACGCGAAACAAGUAUGGCGGCACUUUGAAGAACGAGCGAGGUCGCAGACAUAUUGUCGUGUGUGGUCAUAUCACCUACGAAUCGGUCUCGCACUUUCUCAAGGACUUCUUACACGAGGAUCGCGAGGACGUCGAUGUAGAAGUUGUCUUCUUGCAUAGGAAGCCACCAGAUCUCGAGCUGGAGGGACUGUUCAAGCGACACUUCACCACCGUGGAGUUCUUUCAGGGGACCAUCAUGAACCCCAUUGACCUACAACGGGUCAAGGUCCACGAAGCGGACGCGUGCUUGGUUUUGGCGAAUAAAUAUUGCCAGGACCCAGACGCCGAGGACGCGGCCAACAUCAUGCGCGUCAUCUCCAUCAAGAACUAUUCGGAUGACAUUCGUGUCAUUAUACAGCUAAUGCAGUAUCACAACAAGGCCUAUUUACUAAACAUUCCAUCAUGGGAUUGGAAGCAGGGCGACGAUGUAAUUUGCUUGGCCGAAUUGAAGCUAGGAUUUAUCGCGCAAUCCUGCCUCGCGCCAGGUUUCAGCACAAUGAUGGCCAAUCUCUUCGCCAUGCGAUCCUUUAAGACGAAAUGGUCGGUUGAUUGGUACCAGUCACCCAAUAUACAGGCUUGGCAGAAUGACUACCUACGUGGAACUGGAAUGGAGAUGUACACCGAGACACUGAGCCCUACCUUCAUUGGAAUGCCUUUUGCGAGAGCCACUGAGUUGUGCUUCACGAAACUGAAACUACUCCUGCUGGCGAUUGAGAUCAAGGGCGAAGGAGGUGUUGACAGUAAGAUCUCGAUCAAUCCACGUGGUGCCAAGAUCGCUGCAAAUACUCAGGGAUUCUUUAUUGCUCAAUCCGCGGACGAAGUCAAGCGGGCGUGGUUCUAUUGCAAAGCAUGCCACGAUGAUAUUAAAGACGAGACACUGAUCAAGAAAUGCAAGUGCAAAAACUUGGGGCAGCAGCAGCGCUCCUGGGGCCGGGACUUAGAUGUGGGGAUGAUGAUGAUGCAGACUGGCAUGGUGAAGGGAAACACUGCCUACAGCAGUUUCUUAGAUGUGGCCACAUUCCGGAAAGGCGUGCGAGCUGUUCAAAUGGUCGGAAGAGCAAGUGAAGACUUCUCGUACCCAAACGACCACCAUCCUCCCCCCACAUUCACUCCGCCAGAACUGCCCAAGAUGGUUCACGUGAGAGGUGAGAUCAAUCGUGAACGAGAAGAUCCGAACGCAAUGAGGAAUCAUCGAAAUUCUGUUGGAAUGGCAAUGAUGAAUUCGACGAAGCAAGUCAACAAAGUGAAACCGAAUGUGAAUCGAGCGACGAAUGACAGUUUGUCGAGUCCCAAUCAGCCUUAUAAUCAGAGAUCGCAAGAAGAAUCCGCAUAUGCUGGCUACCAUCUUGCCUAUGAAGUGAAGAAACUUAUGCCAACGAGUAGAGCCUCGGGUGGCACAAACGUAAACAACAACGGUGGUCUUCAAGUUGGCAUCGCUGAUGAUCAGGCAAAGGAUUUUGACUUUGAAAAAACCGAAAUGAAAUACGACUCAACGGGCAUGUUCCACUGGAGUCCAUCCCGUAAUCUCGAAGACUGUAUAUUAGAUCGUAAUCAGGCGGCUAUGACGGUUCUAAAUGGACACGUUGUUGUUUGCCUGUUUGCCGAUCCCGACUCGCCUCUUAUCGGGUUGAGAAACCUUGUUAUGCCAUUACGAGCUUCCAAUUUCCAUUACCACGAGCUUAAACACGUAGUGAUAGUUGGGUCUGUGGACUACAUCCGCCGCGAAUGGAAAAUGUUGCAGAACCUACCAAAAAUAUCGGUGUUGAACGGUUCACCGUUAAGUAGAGCUGAUCUGCGAGCAGUCAACGUGAAUCUAUGCGACAUGUGUUGCAUCCUGUCGGCAAAAGUGCCUAGCAACGAUGACCCCACCCUCGCCGACAAGGAAGCCAUCCUCGCAUCCCUUAAUAUAAAGGCCAUGACGUUCGACGAUACGAUCGGAGUGUUAAGUCAAGCGAAUAAUGAGCAAGGUAAUUUGACCACAGUUGGCAGCCCGAUCGUACUACAGCGACGAGGAUCCGUUUACGGGGCAAACGUGCCAAUGAUCACAGAACUCGUAAACGACAGCAACGUUCAGUUCCUUGAUCAGGAUGAUGACGAUGACCCAGACACGGAACUCUACCUCACACAACCGUUCGCAUGUGGUACCGCUUUUGCCGUGAGCGUAUUAGAUUCGCUCAUGUCGACGACGUACUUCAAUCAAAACGCGCUAACUCUGAUUCGUUCUCUGAUAACCGGUGGAGCUACGCCUGAAUUGGAAUUAAUUUUGGCAGAAGGUGCCGGUUUAAGAGGGGGUUACAGCACCGCGGACAGUUUAGCCAAUAGAGAUCGAUGUCGAGUUGGUCAAAUUGCAUUGUAUGAUGGGCCAUUGGCCCAGUAUGGCGAAGGAGGCAAGUACGGUGACCUCUUUGUCGCAGCAUUAAAAUCGUAUGGAAUGCUGUGCAUUGGUCUGUACAGGUACAGUUUUGCAUUUUCCGUUUUUGCGUCACGAGAACGAAACAAUGAUCGUUUCGAGAUACUAGUUCAUCGUGCGAUGCUUCGUCAAAGAGAUACGUCAUUACAAAUCCACCGGAUGACUUCACACUUUUGCCCACAGAUCAGGUUUUCGUGCUGAUGCAGUUCGAUCCAGGACUGGAGUACAGGCCCAGCAGAGGUGCCCGUGGCAAAGAUGACGCCUCCUGACUGUUGCUGUGUAGCGCCCUCACCGACGGACCUUACUCCUACAUCUAAUUCACGCGUCGAAGGUCAUCAUGCCGCCCAUCAUUCCUGAACUCAUCCCGUCUUCUUCGUCGUUCGAGAAAGGAGAUGAAAUAUCACGCGUCCAUCAUCGAGCCUACGCGAGCCCCGUCCAUAGAAAAACCAAGCAAGCAAGCAAGUGAACAAAAAAGAAAAACAAAAAAAGAAAGAAAGAAAUUAUAAAAACGUCCGUUCUUCCCGUUUAAGUCAACGUUAUCAGGAUUAUCAGCCAGCCACGCGAAUCCUACCUUUUUUCUCUAUCUCUUCUUUAUCUCGUUCUUUUUCUCAAUUUAUCUAUUUGUCUAUAUCUAUUUUUUAUAUUUCUCUGUCUCUCUCUCUCUCUCUCUCUCUUCCUUUCUCUCUCUCUCUUUCUCUUUCUCUCUCUCUCUCUCUCUCUCUCUCUCUCUCUCUCUCUCUCUCUGUUUUUCUUUUUCUUUUUUAUUUUGUCACAACCUUACAUCCCUUACAGAACUUCCACGUUUCCCUUUUCGAUAAUAUUGCAAGUAUUGUGUAAUAAACGCGUGAUCGUGAAGACAAAAAGAACGGACGAAAGUUUGUAGUACGAAGGAGAGGAUUGAGUGGAUGGAAAAUGGUGGAAGAAUAACGAGUGGAUAGGAAAAUGAAAAUCAAGAUGAAGAGGGGAAGAAAAUAAAAAAAAAAAAAAAAGAAAUUAAAAAUAAAAAGGAAAAACGAAAAAGGAGAAUUGGGAAAUGUUGGUAGUGGCAUGGUGAAACAUGGUCCGAGGGUAGCUACACGUGGUGCUCUCAAGAAUCAAUCAAAGUUGUCCUUUCUACAGCUAUAGGACAAUUAUUAACGCAAGGACUGAUUGGCUUAUCGUGGAGAUAAAAUGUGUGAUCGAGUCACCCCCUCCCCUUGCCCCUUAUACACAUAAGAAAGCUCAAGAGAGGAGCGUAUAUGUAUAAUAAUUUAAGAUGCAGGAAAGCGAACAAACAACAACAACAACAAAAACAACGGGAGAAAAGAGAAGCUACAGAGAAUAGGUGGGAGGAUUGACGUUUCACCGACUCGCGGAGCCUUCCCCGACGUACUGUAAGAUGAUUCCCAGUGAACUAGAAAAAAAAAAAAAAAACAAAACAAAAAAAUAAAAGAGAAAAGAAAAUUACAAAGAAUAACGCGACGAAGCAAUUUAAAAAAGAAGACGAAGUGAAAGAAGCAGAAGAAGAAGAAGAAGAAGAAAUAGAAGAAGAAGAUAAAGAAGAAGAUGAAAAAAGAAAUAAAGAAAACAAAAAACAUAAGGACAGAUAAAAAAUCAACGCCUCCGUGUAAUUCAUUCGGGAUUAUUUAAUUAUCGUAGGAUUAAAGAGACGAGAAACGAGAAUUGUUUUGUUUGUAAGAAAAAGUAUAAAGAGAUGGAAGAGAAAGAAGAAGACGAAAAAAAAAAUGAGAAAAGGAAGGAAAAGAUGGUGCGACGAGGAAGAGUCGAAAGCGAUUCGUCGAGACUAAUUAAAAUAGAAAUUAAUUGUCCUACGUUCGCCUCACCUCUUUCUUUUUCUCUCUCGUUUUCUCUCUCUCUCUUUCUCUCCCUCUCUUUCUCUCUCUCUCUCUCUCUUUCUCUCUUUUUUUCUCUCUCUCUCUCUCUCUCUUUCUCUUUCUCUUUCUCUUUCUCUUUCUCUCCAUUUUUCCCUCUCGUCCCUGCAAACCUGACUCUUUUCAUACCUCGACGUAAGAAAGAAAAAAAAAAAAGAAAAAGAAAAUGGAAACGCAAAACUUGAAGGCGUAAACAAAAGACAAAUAGAAUAAAUAAGCGAAGAGAUAAAAAUAUAGAAACGAUAUUAUUAUUAUAAAAGCAAAAAGACAAAUGAUUUCAAUUGAUAGGAGGUGCAUCGAAGAAGAGGCCAAAUCGAGAAGAGAUAAAGAUAAGAAA